AUGUAUGUGGAGACAGCAACAACAACAACGUGGACUUCGCUGCCAGUGCUCUUGUCUGUUGUAUUCUUCUAUGGAGGCAAGUGCGCCUCGGGGUUCGCCUGCCAAGGGAUCUGCCGCUGUUUGUCCAACACAGUCCGACGCAACACAGUGGCAGAAGGGUCUGCUCUGAUGUUGGGCCCCGAAGAGAAGAGACUGUUUCUCUAUCAUAUUUCAAGCCAUUCCUUCCCGGGUUUGAAAGGAGUCCAGAGGAUUGAGAUUGCUCAGAGCAUAACCCUGGAAACCAUUGAGACAUUAGCGUUUAAUAACCUUCUCAACCUGUCUGAAAUCUCAAUCCGGAACACGAAGAGUCUGAUGCGCAUUGGCAGAAGGACAUUUAACAACCUUCCCAAACUACAUCACCUGAGCGUCUCAAAUACUGGGAUAACAGUUUUCCCUGAAAUAACAUCUAUCAAUUCUCUUGAAUCAGAGUUUAUCUUGUAAGUACAUGACAAGAAACACAUUACAUUGCGACGCAUUGCCAAUGAAUACAUUACAACGAACCUGUACAACAACGGCAUCAGAGAAAUACAUGACCAGGCCUUCAAUGGGACGAAGAUAGAUAAGCUGGUCUCAAAGAAUAACCGAAACCUCAGAGUGAUCCACAGAGACGCUUUCAAAGGAGCCGCGGGCCCUGGGGUCUUGGACGUAUCUGCGACAGCUCUCGUAAAGUUACCACCACGGGGCCUGGAGUCAGUUCUGGUGUUGUUAGCUCAGUCGGCAUACGCCUUGAAGAAUCUGCCUCCUCUGCAGGGACUGUGGAGCCUGCGAGAGGCCCACAUCACCUACAGCGGUCACUGCUGUGCACUGCUGAGCUGGAAUGCACACAGGGACUUUCCAGUUAAUCCUGCAUGGACUAAUGGCUCUACAUAUUGUGAUGAGAGUGAUCCGUCAGCAAGGGAUCAGCGUGUGACUUGAGGUUCAGCACACACAACUCUAGCUAUGGACAUGCCACUUUUCUUAGAUGUUGACCCAUUUGUCAAGGAUGAAAUUUUUGGAGAUGUAAAUUUACAAUAUCCAGAACUGGACUUCUGUCAGACCGGACCAACUUUGGUUUGCACAGCUGAAGCAGAUGCUUUCAAUCCCUGGGAGGACAUUGCAGGUUUCAGUUUUCUCAGAGUGGCCAUUUGGUUUAUCAACGUGCUAGCUAUAGCAGGUAACCUGAACGUGCUCCUGGUCUUCUUUACCAGCCGAAACAAGAAGAUGGUGCCUCGCUUCCUCAUGUGCCAUCUGGCUUUUGCUGACCUCUGCAUUGGGAUCUACCUUCUGGUGAUAGCGACCGUAGACCUGCGCACACGUGGUUACUACAGUCUACAUGCCAUCGAAUGGCAGACAGGGCCGGGUUGUAGUGCUGCAGGCUUCCUCUCCGUGUUUGGUGGGGAGCUGUCAGUCUACACACUUUCCACCAUCAUCCUGGAGCGCUGGCACCCCAUCGCCAAUGCUUUACAGAUAGAGCGCCGUCUGGUACUCACACAGGCAGCAAGUAUAAUGGCAGCUGGUUGGUUCAUCUGCCUUGGGAUGGGGAUGCUGCCCCUGCUUGGUGGGAGCAGUUACACCAAAGUCAGCAUGUGCUUACCCAUGGACAUAGAGACUCCUCUGGCUCAGGCCUUCAUCAUAAUCAUCCUGCUCUUCAACGUGGGCACCUUCAUUGUUGUGUGCGUUUGUUAUGUGCUGAUCUAUCUGGCUCUAAAGAACCCCGAAUUCCCUGGACGAAGCGCUGACACCAAGAUUGCAAAGCGCAUGGCUGUACUCAUCUUCACGGAUUUUCUCUGCAUGGCACCUAUCUCCUUCUUUGCCAUCUCUGCUGCCUUCAAAGUCCCCCUCAUCACAGCAACUAAUGCCAAGAUUCUGCUGGUCCUCUUCUUCCCCAUUAAUUCUUGUGCCAAUCCGUUCCUCUAUUCUAUCUUCACCAAGGCUUCCAGAAAGGAUGCAUAUCAGCUCCUGAGUGCCAUGGGCUGCUGUAAAAACAAGGCCGGUGUUUUUCGCAUGAAGGCCUACUGCUCAGAAAAUGCCACCAAGAGCGACCUGGGAUCCAAUAAUAAAGGGCUCCCCGUGGGAACGGGGCUGGCUGCCGUGUCGCUGCAGGGCCAUCCCCUGAAAGAGGAAAUACAGCUCACCUGA